CAUGCAAACUCCCUAUUCAAUACAAUUCAAUUCAAAUUUAUUUGUAUGGUGCUUUUUACAAUUGACAUUGUCUCAAAGCAGCUUUAUAGAACAUGAACAUAGACCAAAAGGUUAUUAUAAAGAAUACUAUCUCAGGGGUGCAUCUGUUUUCUGUACCACUAAUACUACACAUGGGGUUGUGGCACAAAGCAGGGGCCACGUUGGACAAGGUACCAACCCAUUAAAAUACGCAAUACAUACACACACACCGUUUAGAGAUGCCAAACAAAUCCUCAGACCUUGAGGUGUGAGGCAGACAUGCUAAAACCUAAGCCACUGUAACCCCAAGGGUUUAGCAGCCAUCCAAAAGUUAGGUCACUGUAUUGUGCCACAUACUACAGGCAUUUCAAUCCACAUGUGAUGAUUAAUACAUCUUUGGAAACAAGGUUUGUAGCACAGUUGUCUGAACCAAUGACAUAGAUGUGAUUCAGUGGUUAAAAAUCUGGGUUAGUAAAUGGAAAGUUGGGGGUUCAAGCUCCAACAUUACCAAGCCGCUACCGAUGGGCUCUUGAUCAAGGCCCAUGGCUGACCCUGUACUGUUUACUCACUGUAAUUAUUUUACAGAAUUGUAUUAAAAAUACUAAUAUUGUUUCUGUUACAGGUUCUUCUAAAACCAAGCAGGUAUAUAGAUGCUGUAAAGAUCCAGAACAUGUUUAACAUGACAAAUGGCUUGAAUAAAUUUAAUAUCCAUACUGGAGUGCGAGAAUGUGAUCUGGAGAAAUACAGCAAGUACACUAAAAACAAGACACCAAAAAAAAUUAUCGAUGAGUACAAACUCGGAAAAGUGGACAACCACAAGUGCCUUUUAGCCAUGGAGAAGCCUACAGCAGGAGUGGUGGCACAGCACAUUCCACCAAAAAGUACAUGGACUGCAGUCCUUCAACUCCUCAAAACAAACCCACAGAUUUCUGCCUCUUUAGAGCAAAAGAACAACGAAGCUUUCUACUUAAUGAAGAAAAUGAAACAUGACCCAGAUGGAAAACAGCAGCUCUGCAUGAACACGCUGUACACAGAUCAUCAGCAUGCUCUGAGCAGUGGAAACCGUGUAGAAUCCAGAGCCUGCAGACGGUUCCUGACAAACACCUUUUUAAGUGGAGAUACAGAGAAAGCUCUGAAGCUCUCCUUAAUGACGGCCCAUCCUCAAUGCUCGGACAACAUCUGGAACGAUCUUGGUAUUCGUCAUCAGUUCAGUACAUGUGAUCCCGGACUUGCUGUGAUGGACAGGAACGAGUACUACAAGAGAGCAUUUAAAGACAUAGUGAAAAAAUACAGCAAAUGGGAUCUCAUCGACCAAGACCAAGCCAUCCGACUACUACAGUGGGUGCACAAAGACCUAUUUCUGGACAAAACUACCGUGGACUAUAAAGAAAUAAUUCAUGCUAUAAAAGAUGCAAAAAAGAAAAGAAACACAAGCAGAGAUCAACUCUGAGCAGAGAGAAAUGUUUGCUUACCCAUAAUUCAUGUUUUUCCACAUUUGAUUGACAGAAUGCUAAGCAUACAUCCAUUUUACAUUAAAGGUGCGGUGCACGAUGUUUGAAAGCCAAUGUUGACAUUUGAAAUCACUAAAACAAACACGCCCCUAACCCAAAUGGGUGUCACCCCUGUUUUGAUAGCUCCGCCCCACACAUACAUAC